GAGUGGAACUAUGGGGGGUAUGUCGCCAUGCGGAUGGUGUAGCCGGACGGACGCUGCGGCUGUUUGUUAUUGAAUUAAAAUCUUUAUGUCGAAAUAUUUUUAAUUAGCACUCGAAACAAAAGGUGUAUUUGUUUGUGUUAUUUAUUAAAUUAUAAUAAUACUCUGUAUUACCAUGUAAUUACGCUGAUUUCGCGUGUUUUAAUGUUAAGGAGCUAGAUAAAAGUCUCAGUUAGAGUCCUAGGCCCCGAGUAGGCGUCGGUAGUCGAUUUUAACAAUAGCCGAGGAAGAUUCACGUAAGAAGCGGCUACACUUCUUAUAUGAGACCUGCCUGCAGAAAGUAAUCUACAUUACAAGACAUUUAAACAAAAGGAAGACGAACCAUAUGAACCCAGUCCGGAUGGUGCCUGGCGUUUGAGACGUUUGCAGAUUGCAUAUGGACAGUUUCUGAUCGUUUUUCUGGCCACACACAAUAGAAAAUGUCUAACGGUGCUGCGGGGAGCGGGGGCUUAACAUGGGUGAACAAUGGUGCGAAGAAAGAGGAAAUGAAUGGCCGGGGAGAUGCAGGAAAAAGUGAGGUGGUGAAGAAGGAGAGUUCUAAGAAGAUGUCAGUGGAGAGGAUCUACCAGAAGAAGACCCAACUAGAACACAUCCUUCUCCGCCCAGAUACAUAUAUUGGCUCUGUGGAACCUGUCACUCAGCAAAUGUGGGUUUUUGAUGAAGAAAUUGGAAUGAACUUGAGAGAGAUUUCGUUCGUCCCUGGAUUAUAUAAAAUCUUUGAUGAGAUCCUUGUCAAUGCAGCUGAUAACAAACAGAGAGACAAGAACAUGACAACCAUCAAAAUCACUAUUGACCCAGAGUCCAACACUAUCUCUGUGUGGAAUAAUGGAAAAGGAAUUCCCGUGGUUGAACACAAAGAUGAGAAGAUGUAUGUUCCUGCACUGAUCUUUGGACACCUGCUCACCUCGAGCAACUACGAUGAUAAUGAGAAAAAAGUCACAGGUGGCAGAAAUGGAUAUGGCGCUAAACUAUGUAAUAUAUUUAGCCUAAAAUUUACAGUGGAGACAGCCUGCAAGGAGUACAAACGCAGUUUCAAACAGACAUGGACAGAAAACAUGGGGAAGUCAAAUGAGGCGAAGAUUAAGUACUUUGAUGGGGAAGACUUCACAUGUGUCACUUUCCAGCCUGAUCUGGCUAAAUUCAACAUGGAGAAACUAGACAAGGACAUUGUGGCUCUUCUUACACGCAGGGCAUAUGAUGUGGCUGGCUCUUGUAGGGGUGUUAAAGUCAUUCUCAAUGGAAAGAAGCUACCCGUGAAUAGUUUCCGCAGUUAUGUGGAUUUCUACGUAAAGGACAAACUGGAUGAGACAGGUGUUGCUCUGAAGGUGGUAAAUGAGACUGUUAAUGAACGCUGGGAAGUGUGUCUCACCAUGAGUGAAAAGGGCUUCCAGCAAAUCAGCUUUGUCAACAGCAUUGCCACCACUAAGGGAGGAAGACAUAUCGAUUAUAUAGUGGACCAAAUAGUGGGGAAAUUGAUUGAAGUUGUGAAGAAGAAGAACAAAGCCGGAGUAUCUGUAAAACCAUUCCAGGUUAAAAACCAUCUAUGGGUAUUUGUAAAUGCCCUUAUCGAGAACCCAACCUUUGAUUCUCAGACCAAGGAGAACAUGACUCUACAGACCAAAAGCUUCGGUUCCAAAUGUGCUCUCUCGGAGAAAUUCAUCAGAGCUGCCACAAACUGUGGUAUCGUGGAAAGCAUUCUUAACUGGGUGAAGUUUAAAGCUCAGACACAGCUGAACAAGAAAUGCUCCUCUGUCAAACACAGUAAAAUUAAAGGUAUUCCCAAACUAGAUGACGCCAAUGAUGCAGGGGGCAAACACUCUUCAGAGUGCACACUGAUCCUUACAGAGGGAGAUUCAGCCAAGUCCCUGGCUGUAUCUGGUUUAGGUGUAAUUGGUCGGGACCGAUAUGGAGUGUUUCCCCUUAGGGGAAAAAUCCUCAACGUGAGGGAGGCCACACAUAAACAGAUCAUGGAGAAUGCGGAAAUCAACAACAUCAUCAAAAUUUUGGGUCUUCAGUACAAGAAGAGCUAUGAUGAUCCAGAGUCCCUGAAGAGCUUACGCUAUGGAAGGAUUAUGAUCAUGACAGAUCAGGAUCAAGAUGGUUCUCACAUAAAGGGUCUUCUGAUUAACUUCUUCCAUCAUAACUGGCCAUCCCUGCUGAAGCAUACCUUUCUGGAGGAGUUCAUCACACCUAUUGUGAAGGCCAGUAAGAAUAAACAGGAAGUAUCAUUCUACAGCAUACCAGAGUUUGAAGAAUGGAAGAAGCAUACAGAAAGUUAUAAAACUUGGCACAUAAAGUACUACAAAGGUUUGGGUACCAGCACAAGCAAAGAAGCGAAGGAAUAUUUUUCAGACAUGGAAAGACAUCGCAUUAUGUUCAAGUACAAUGGUACUGAAGAUGAUGCGGCCAUUACACUGGCUUUCAGCAAGAAGAAAACGGAUGACAGGAAAGAGUGGCUGACUAAUUUCAUGGAGGACAGACGACAAAGGAGGAUGCAUGGACUUCCUGAGCAAUACUUGUAUGGCACAUCAACACGACACCUGUCCUACAAUGACUUCAUCAAUAAAGAACUCAUCCUCUUCUCCAAUUCUGACAAUGAGCGUUCAAUUCCAUCACUUGUUGAUGGUCUAAAGCCAGGCCAGAGGAAGGUGUUGUUUACCUGUGUAAAAAGGAACGAUAAAAGAGAAGUCAAAGUGGCCCAGCUGGCCGGAUCUGUGGCUGAGAUGUCUGCAUAUCAUCAUGGCGAGCAAGCCCUGAUGAUGACUAUCGUGAAUUUGGCCCAGAACUUUGUCGGCAGCAACAAUGUCAACAUCCUUCAGCCUCUCGGACAGUUCGGUACCCGUAUUAAUGGGGGUAAAGAUGCUGCCAGUCCUCGUUACAUCUUUACUAUGCUUAGUCCAUUGGCCAAACUGCUGUUUCCUGCUGUGGACUCCAGUCUGCUAAAGUUUCUAUAUGAUGACAACCAGAAGGUGGAGCCAGAAUGGUACAUACCCAUAAUUCCCAUGGUACUGGUAAAUGGAGCUGAGGGUAUUGGGACUGGGUGGGCAUGCAAGAUUCCCAAUUAUGACCCACGAGAGAUUGUCAACAACAUCAACCGUAUGCUCAACCAUCAGGAUCCUCUACCCAUGCUUCCCAGCUACAAGAACUUUAAAGGUACCAUUCAUGAACUGGGACAAAACCAGUAUUUGGUCAGUGGAGAAGUGUCCGUGCUAGACAAAAAUACCAUCGAGAUUAGUGAACUUCCUGUUCGUACAUGGACUCAGGCUUACAAAGAGUCAGUUCUGGAGCCCAUGCUCCAAGGAACAGAUAAAACCCCUCCUCUGAUCAGCGACUAUAAGGAAUACCACACUGACACUACUGUGAAGUUUGUGGUGCGCAUGACAGAGGAGAAACUGGCACAGGCAGAGGCAGCCGGUCUUCACAAGGUCUUCAAAUUACAGUCAUCACUCACCUGUAACUCCAUGGUGCUGUUUGAUCACAUGGGCUGUAUGAAGCGAUACGAGUCUGUACAGGAGAUCUUGAAAGAGUUUUUUGAGUUGCGCCUACAUUAUUAUAAAUUGAGGAAAGACUGGCUGGUGGGUAGUUUGGGUGCUGAAUCUGCCAAACUGUCAAACCAGGCACGAUUUGUUCUAGAGAAGAUUGAAGGAAAACUAUCGAUUGAGAACAAAUCAAAAAGAGAUUUGAUCCGCAUGCUGGUGCAAAGAGGAUAUGAGUCUGACCCAGUUGCAGCCUGGAACAAAGCUCAAGAGAAGUCUUUGGAGGAAGAGGAUGGUGGUGGUAAUGACAGUGACAGCUCAGUGGACUCUGGCUCUUUCUCUGGACCAAAUUUUAACUACAUUCUCAACAUGCCUCUGUGGUGUCUGACAAAGGAGAAGGUUGAGGAACUUCUCAAGCAGAGAGACCUUAAGAAAGCAGAGCUGAAUGAACUCCAGAGCAAGACUUCAGAAAAUCUGUGGAGGGAAGAUCUGGCCGUUUUUAUCGAGGAACUGGAUCGUGUAGAGGAGCAGGAAAAAGAGAGUGUGAACUUGGGCAAGGCUGUAAAACUGGUUAAAGGUAAAGUGGGCAAACCUAAAGUGAAGAAGAUGCAGUUGGAGGAAACUCUGCCCUCUCCAUUUGGCCGAAGGGUUGAGCCACAGAUUACACUGGCUAUGAAAGCAGAUGCCUCCAAGAAACUCACCAAAAAGAAGAAGGGUGAGAUAGAUGCGGCUGUGAAGCUGGAGAUUGAUGAUGACAGUGCUCUAGGUUCCAAUGGAGGAGAGAAUUCCCUAAUUUCUCCAUCUGGCCUUCCCAACCCAGGAGCCAAACCCAAAGCUCCAAGGGUCAAGAGAGAGAAAAAAGAACCCGGUACACCAAGACAAAGAAAACCAGCUGGUGCUAAAGGUCCAGCUAAGAAAGUGAAGAAAAGAAAUCCAUGGUCCGAUGAUGAUGAAGGUGGUGAUGAUGAUCGAUCUGAUAUUGAGCUAGAUGAAUGUGAACCUGUUAUUCCUAGAGACAGUACAUCCAGGAGAGCUUCAGCUGUAAAAGCCAAGUACACAUUUGACUUCUCUGAGGAGGAAGAGGAAGAGGAGGAUGGUGAUGAAGAACAGGAGAACGAUGCUUCAGCAUCACCAGUACACUCCUUCAAAAACACAGAGCAACAUGAUGAUGAAGUUGAUGAUGAUGACGAUAUUUUUCCUCCAAAAACAACAUUUACUUUGCCCACUUCAACAGCAAAAAAAAAGAAUCCAGAGCCUGUUUUGCCAUCUAAAACCACCUAUGAUGACAAGAUCAGUGAUGAUGAUAUGAAGUCAGACAGUGACGGUGACAGAGGUCCAGUGUUCUCAUCGUACUCUAGCAGUUCUGCUUUUGAGAAACCUGCUAAAAAAACAGCUAAGAAACCUGUAGAUACACCACCUAAGCCGAAGAAAGCUCCGGUUAAAGCCAAGAAACCUGAUACAUCCGUCUGGGACUCAGACUCAGAUACAGGCACUAAGAAACCACCAGCAUCAAAAGGGAGUGGGAAAGGCAGAAGCAAGAAGCGAAAGCAGUCAAGCUUAGAAGAGGAUGAGUAUAGCCCUAUGAAGAAGCAUGGAAAGUCUGCCACAAGCAGAAAACCAAAGAAGGCAGCAUCUGAUGAUGAAGACGAUGAUGAUGAUGAUGAAACGGGCUUUAACAGCUUUAGCCACCUGGACUCAGGAAGAGAUCGUUCUGGUCGAGCCAAGAAAGAAGUAAAAUACUUUGCAGAAUCUGAUAAUGAUGAUGACGAUGACAUGUUUGACUAAAACACAAACCCACAUAUACACACUCUUGGUCCAGAAAACUGAUUGGUUCAGAACAAGUUUCUCUGCCAGCAGAACUUUGUACAUUUACCCAUUUUACCAUUUUGUUUUUUCUUCAAUUGUGAUGUUGAAUUCUUUCUACAGUGUAGCUGUUUUACUCUUUUUAUUAUUGUUAUUGCUAUAUUAUUAUUAUUGGUAUUAUACAUUGACAAUGUUUUUUAAUCAUUGAAUUGUAUUUGUCUUGAGCUUUUAGAAAUUUAGACUGCUGUGCUUUAGCACCUUUUAAUGGUUGAAAGUUAGAGAUGAAUUAUCUUUUUGAGACGACUUGGAAAUAAACAUGAAAUGUCAAUUA